AUGACACAGGAGUACGACAACAAACGGCCGGUGUUGGUUCUUCAGAAUGAGGCGCUGUACCCGCAGCGGCGCUCCUACACCAGCGAGGACGAGGCCUGGAAGUCCUUCCUGGAGAACCCGCUCACCGCAGCCACCAAGGCGAUGAUGAGCAUCAACGGCGACGAGGACAGCGCGGCCGCCCUGGGCCUGCUCUAUGACUACUACAAGGUUCCAAGAGAGAGACGGUCAUCCGCAGCCAAGGCCGACGGUGAGCACCCAGAGGCAGAUCACAGCAAAAGAAGCAGCAUGCCGAACGUGACUGAGCAGCCCCUCAUUUCUGCCGGAGAAAACAGAGUGCAGGUUCUGAAAAAUGUGCCAUUUAACAUUGUCCUUCCCCAUGGCAACCAACUGGGCAUCGAUAAGAGAGGCCAUCUAACUGUUCCGGACACAACCGUCACCGUCUCCAUAGCGACGAUGCCUACCCACUCCAUCAAGACAGAGACGCAGCCGCACGGCUUUGCUGUGGGGAUCCCUCCGGCAGUGUACCAUCCCGAGCCCACUGAGCGGGUGGUGGUUUUCGACCGGAACCUCAACACCGACCAGUUCAGCUCUGCGGCUCAGCCCCCAAAUGCUCAGAGGCGAACGCCAGACUCGACUUUCUCAGAGACCUUCAAGGAGGGCGUGCAGGAGGUUUUCUUCCCCUCGGACCUCAGUCUGCGGAUGCCUGGCAUGAACUCAGAGGACUAUGUUUUUGACAGUGUUUCUGGGAACAACUUCGAGUACACCCUGGAAGCCUCCAAAUCGCUUCGCCAGAAGCCGGGAGACAGCACCAUGACCUACCUGAACAAAGGCCAGUUCUACCCCGUCACCCUGAAGGAAGUGAGCAGCAACGAGGGGAUCCACCACCCCAUCAGCAAAGUGCGGAGUGUGAUCAUGGUGGUGUUUGCGGAGGACAAGAGCAGGGAGGAUCAGCUGCGGCACUGGAAGUACUGGCACUCCCGGCAGCACACGGCCAAACAAAGGUGCAUUGACAUCGCCGACUACAAAGAAAGCUUCAACACCAUCAGCAACAUUGAGGAGAUCGCGUAUAACGCCAUUUCUUUCACCUGGGACAUCAACGACGAGGCGAAGGUGUUCAUCUCUGUGAACUGCCUGAGCACGGACUUCUCCUCCCAGAAGGGCGUGAAGGGCCUGCCGCUGAACAUCCAGAUCGACACCUACAGCUACAACAACCGCAGCAACAAGCCCGUGCACCGGGCCUACUGCCAGAUCAAGGUCUUCUGCGACAAGGGAGCCGAACGGAAAAUCAGGGACGAAGAACGAAAACAAAGCAAAAGAAAAGUUUCUGAUGUUAAGGUGCCGCUGCUUCCCACUCACAAACGCAUGGAUAUCACAGUCUUCAAGCCCUUUGUGGAUCUGGACACGCAGCCUGUGCUCUUCAUUCCUGACGUGCACUUCGCCAACCUUCAGCGGGGCGCUCACGUCCUUUCCAUGGCCUCGGAAGAACUGGAGGGGGAAGGCUCGAGCUUGAAGAGGGGGCCGUACGGAUCCGAGGACGAUUUUGUGGUCCCCCCGCCUGCUAAGCUGACCCGGAUCGAAGAGCCGAAGAGAGUGCUGCUCUACGUGCGGAAGGAGGCAGAGGAAGUCUUCGACGCCCUGAUGCUCAAGACUCCAUCCUUGAAGGGCUUGAUGGAGGCCAUCUCAGACAAAUAUGCUGUUCCCCAUGACAAGAUUGGGAAAAUAUUCAAGAAAUGUAAAAAAGGGAUCCUGGUGAACAUGGACGACAACAUCGUGAAGCACUACUCCAAUGAGGACACCUUCCAGCUGCAGAUGGAGGAGGUGGGGGGGUCGUACAGGCUCACCCUCACUGAGCUCUGAGGCGCCCUGGCCCCCAGCCCCGCAGUUCAACGAAGGUGUUGCCUCGGCCUUGCUGCCUGCCGAGCCACAGGCCACUGGUCAGCCUCCUGCCAACCACGCGCGAUGUCGGUGGAAGGGACUCCUUUCGCGUUGGAGAUGGGGCCGCAUGCGGCUUGGAGGUGGCGUGGAGUAUAUUGCACCGGCGCUUCUCAGAUGAGGAAUCCAUAUACUAUUAUUACGCUUGCCUUUUCUGAUAUAAAUACUUAAGGAUAAAAGUGAAAACUCUGUUCCAAGAUCUAAUACUCUCUGGGAACCUUUAGGAUAUCUGCUAUGUUAUUUAUAAAAGUAUUUUUUAUUACAGGUUCAAUUCAAUAUUAUGUGGUAUUAGUUCCAGGUGUGUAGCAGUGGCCAGACUAUACAACUAUUGGGCUCUCCCCCUGCGUCUUCAGUGUUAGCGGCCUGCCCAGUGCAAGUCAGAAAAGGCAGUGGGUGUGGCUUAAGGCUUCGGUGUCACUACCUGCCUCAGGGUAGUGGGAGCCCCGUCUCAAGAACAAAGGAUCCACCCUCUCCCGUGGCCCCCCCACCCCCCCACCCCUCCGUUCAUGUUUACUCCUGCAGAGCGCGUUACAGGAACCGCCCGUCUCGACUCACUUGAAGCACUCGCUGCCUUUCUCAUGAAGACCGGGGGCCCGGGGGGCGGUGGCAAGCUAGCGCCACAGUGUACGUGAGUGCAAUACAGUUCCCAAGCCCGCGUCUGUAAAUGUGUACAUACGUGUCUAUACAGAUAGAUAAUAUAUGCAUGCGGCGCCCGUGGGCAUACACGGAGAGAUGCGAUGACGGCUGCCUGAGAGACUUGGCCUGACGGGAGGCUGAGUUAUUUUGAUCAUUCACGUCAACCAAGCAGACAGAACACUGCUCGGCGGAAUCCAGAGCACGCAGUCACCCCGAGCGAUCAGGCCUGCUCAGCCGCGGCUCGCCCUCGAGCUGCUGUCAUGGGAUCUGCACUGUUUACACAUGAAGUAAAGGGAAGACGCCCGCGGUGGCUCCUCCGCGCGUGGUGUGUGCGAACGUCAGCCCUGUGGCCUCGGCACGACAGACAGCGAUGCGGCCGGCCUCCCUGCCAGCGGGAGGGCGUCCUCCGGCGUCGCAGAGCCUCGCGCCUCGAUUACCUGUGCACUCGCCGUGUGGACGCGGUCACGGGUUUAUGGGACUCACGGGCAGGGGGACGUCCUGUACAUGUUAAGUAUCUGGGAAGACUACACAGUCGUUUUACAACAGAUAAAAUCACGGGUAUCUGUCGGGUCAGGGAACUAGUUUGUAGAAGUAGGAUGGGUAGUUGCAUUCUUGCGUUAAAAUAUCCUAAUGAAGUAUGUGAACUGAAUUGCUGGUUUUCUAAAAUAAGAUAAGGGACACGGGUCAUAUGACAAUAUUUUCUAUUGUGUUUUAUGAAAUUGAUUUUGUCUUGUUUACUGUUUUAAUUGUAUCGUUGAAGAUGUGUUUUAAGCCAACGGGAUUAAAUGUCUGUGCCUCUCUCA